CCUGUGGAGGUGAGACAGGGACGGCCGACACGUGAUCCCCCUCCUCACUGCCCGCGGACCGUGGCUCCUCCCCGCGCCUCUUAAGUGCCCGCUCAGCUGUUGGCUGCGCCGCAGACGACGGCAGUCAUGACCGUGGGGCUGUGAGCCGGACUCGUGUCAUCCUCCCCCGCAGCGAGCUCGCGUCUGCAUGGUCUCGUUCCCUUCCCCUCGUCAGUGAAGAGGCCGCCAUGAAGACCAUUCUCGCCGCGUACUCUGGCGUCCUCAAAGGCACCGGCUCCAGUAUCCUCUCGGCCCUGCAGGACCUGCCCGUGGCGAUCUGGCCCUGCAGAUCCAAGAUGGAAAAACAUCUGCAGGUCCUCUCUGUGCUGCAGUGGGUCAUCAGCUUCUUAGCCAUGGGUGCUGCCUGUACUUUGCUGCUGAUCUACAUGUUCUGCACUGAUUGCUGGCUUAUUGCUGCCAUUUACACGGCCUGGCUCAUCGUUGACUGGAACACCCCAAAACAAGGUGGAAGAAGGUCCUCUUGGGUGAGGAGCUGGACAAUGUGGACAUAUUUCCGGGACUACUUCCCAAUCAGGCUAAUCAAAACCCACAACCUGUUGCCCAGCCGGAACUACAUAUUUGGCUACCACCCCCACGGCGUUCUGUGUUUCGGUGCUUUCUGUAACUUUGGGACAGAGGCCACCGGCUUCUCCAAAAAAUUCCCGGGCAUCAAGCCCUCCCUGGCAACCCUGGCAGGAAACUUCCGCAUGCCCGUGCUUCGAGACUACCUGAUGUCUGGAGGUAUCUGUCCAGUGAACAGGAACUCUAUCGACUACCUGCUGUCACGUAACGGGACAGGAAAUGCUGUGGUCAUCGUUAUCGGAGGAGCAGCGGAGUCGCUGCACUGUGCGCCAGGCAUGAAUACUGUCACUCUGAAGCGUCGUAAAGGCUUUGUGAGGCUGGCGCUGCAGAAAGGGUCUGACCUGGUUCCAGUGUAUUCCUUUGGAGAGAACGACGCCUACAAGCAGGUGAUCUUUGAGGAGGGAACCUGGUGGAGAUUUCUCCAAAAGAGAUUACAGAAGAUGUUAGGCUUCGCCCCGUGCCUUUUCCAUGGAUGUGGCCUCUUCUUCGGCAACUCCUGGGGCAUCGUGCCUUUUUGCAACCCGAUCACCACCAUAGUUGGCGAGCCAAUCACAGUGCCAAAAAUUGAGAAUCCAACUGAAGAGAUGGUGGACCUCUACCAUGUGAUGUACAUCAAGUCUCUCCAGUGCCUUUUUGACAAGUACAAAACCCGCUUUGGCCUGAAAGAGAGUGAUGUCCUGUACAUCCAAUGAAAGGAUGGAGGGAGGGUCCCUGUAAAAGCUCUGAACUUUGGCAGCAUCAUCAGUCUCCUCUGCCCCCUCCUCCCUGUCCAAUCUUGGUGCCUGCGUUGGAUCAUCUCUGGACUGCAAACUGAACACACAAGCAUGUUUGCCACACAAACCUUUGCUCUCUGGGCUGUGUCCCUGUCUCUCACACACACUUCUCUGUGGUGACAAAACACACACACACACACACACACACACACACACACACACACACACACACACACACACACACACACACACACACACACACACACACACACACACACACACACACACACACACACACACACACACACACACACACACACACACACUCGUCUCACGUCUCAGGUAAUGGCAGGUUUAAAGAAAAGUGAUCUCUCCCUGCAUCUGUCAGCAGUUUGACCAGUGUUAGUUGGACUUACACAUCAAACAAACUUUUCCGUUCCCAUUUUCUCAGUGAAGGCAUCAUGUUUGAAUGCAGAAGGAGGGAACUUCCACUAGAUGGAGCUGAAACACGGCGUGCAGGACCUUAAAGAAGUGCCAAUGUGUUCUUUGACUAAUGCAUUCAUAGAAUUUUCCGGAAGCUCUUUUAGAUUCUGUAAUAUGCUGAAUGCACAAACAAUGCAAAUGGAGGUUUAAACUUUAUUUUUUGGGAUAAUAAGCCCAAAGGAUAAUUGAGCCAAAGUUUAUACUGUGUGAAAGCUGAAAGUGAAGGAAUUGUCAGUGGAUUCAUAGUGAAUGCACAAUACACAAGUGCUCGUGAUUAUACAGUGCCAUAAAGUAUUAAUUGUAAUAUGUAGCGAGGGAAAAGCCAAUUUUGGUGCUUGCCCCUCAAUUAAUAUCUCUGAUGCACUUUUUGUAUUGCUGAUUACCUUGUGAGGUUUUCUUCUUCUAAAAAAAAAAAGAAGCCUUUUUUCCAAGGCCCCCAUUGUGCUUGUUGGCUUGAUUUCCCUUUCUUGUCCCAGUGGUGUCCGGGUCUGGAUGGGUGUGUGCUGUCUAUGCAGUCUUCUAUGCUCAGGUUUUGAGCUGCUGUUGAAGAAGGUGAUGUCGUUUGGUGGGUGAAAAUGAUUCCAGAGUUGAGCACAUUGCUUUGUAACCAUUGCAUGGAUGAUACCAGAAAAGGAAAGGAUUACACUGGAUAAUGCCUUAUUGCUGGGAAUAGAUUAUAUUUAAGGGUGUCACUUGUACUUAUGUGAAAUAAGAGUAUGUGAGUAUUGAAUGUAUCCUGGGAAUCAUCAAAUUCAGUGAGCUUGUCAUGUUGACGGGCAUGAAGUUGAGCAGUGAAUUACAGAGAUGGGUUUUGAUGAGCAAUUUACCCCUGUUCUCACCAUUGUGACCUCUUAUAAAGAUCAGUGUAAUCCCUGUGCUGUAAAUUUGAGCAAUAAACACAGUGAGACCUGUCUGUAUGGUGAAUGGCAUCAUCUGCCAGCCAAUAUUUAAAUUAAACUUUUGUAUGUUUUCAAAGGA